AUGAGAGACAUGACCGCCCAUACAAUUCUCAUCUUUCCCUUGCCAACCCGGGCACUGGCAUCUCCCGCAAGGCGGCUUCUCAGGACCCCGUCACGAUCCGUCACGAUCUGUCAGAGACCCGGCAACCCACACUCUCUGACUCUUGCCAUGUCGCCCAAAGUCAUUCCUGAGAGCAAGACGUGCUGGGACGCUACGAAGCUAGGGACAUGGACCUGGAUCUCAGCUGGAAUGCACCUUCCUGGAUGCCGGCCCUGCUUUUGGACAGGCCUCUGGACUCCCUGUCGAGUAUUGCAGGACGUCCACUCGUGCGUCCUGCACGCCGUUUGGUGUAACGAGUCUGACCCAGCUGGCAACUCCAAGCUACCUUACAGCUGUGUGUGUCAGUGGAACCGUGGGAUCGGGACCGAUUGGGCUGAUAGGGGACCUGAUCGCAACACAACCACCUGA